ACAGAAAUGACGUCAGAGGAGUGGACGGUAAAGAGCGGAAGGACCCCGCAGUGUGGCGUCCACGUUUCCUCUCCGAAAACACAACAAACAAAAACAGAGGCGUUAGACUUUUUACUUUCUUAAAAUUAUUUUACUUUGUUAAAGUUAUUAACAGUUUAGUAAAGUUCCGAACAUCUCACAAAGGUAAGUAAGUCUGUGACCAGUCUGUCAGAAGCGGUUCUCUGAGGUCUUCUAGAUUUAUUACUUGUUUCAGUCCUAACUCUGAAACUGCAGCUCUGAUCUCCUCCUUGUGUGAAUGAACCUGCUCCCUAUUUCGUCCCCAGACAGAGAUGUCCUGUUUUUCUGUGGACCCAAACUUCUGUCCAGAGUGUGGGAACGUCCUUCCUCUCCCCGGAGUUCAGGACAUGGUUCGCUGCCCUCGCUGCUCCUUCUCCAUCCCUGUAUCAGGUACAAACACACAGUCUAAAGCUCUCACCUAGUUUUAGAUCAUUUCAUACUGACAGAUAGUGUAACAUCCCUGUUUGACGCCAGUGUCCUUCAUGUUCAAUUCAAGAGCUAAAGUUCCUCAGGUGGUCCAUCUUUAAAUGUCAAAUUUUUAGGGUGUUUAAAGUCUAAAGGUGGUGGUCUUUCUGUCAGAGUCUGAUCCCUCUGAGGAAAAAAAUCAGAGAGGUCUUUAAAAUCUGGGUUUCAAGCUCACUCUAUGGCUUUAAAAGACUGAGUUUUUUUUAAUUUUUUAAAUCUUAUUUUAAUUUCUUUAUUUCUUUUCUUUUUUUAACGAUCCUUUGACUCUUUAUUUUUUGUUUUAAUGCUUUCAUUUUCUUUUUGCUUCUUUAUCUGCUUUCAUCUCUUGUAAUAACUGUCUUUUAUUACUGGUUAUUAAAAAUCUCUGUGUAGUCUGUUUUCAUGCUUUCACAGAUUUUAUUUAGUGAGACUGUUUUUAACUGUUUUUUCUUUUUCUUUUUUCUUUUUUUUUUUCUCAAGAAACUUAUUUAAAAAAGUUCAAAGAUAUUAAAAUUAUUUUAAAGAGGAUGUCACCAGCUCACUUAAACACUCGGUAUGUGUUUUUGGUUCAGAGUUCUCGGGUCAGGAGGUCAAAUCCACGGUCGUCUUUAACCCUGUGGAGCAGUCAACUCUGUCUUUGGAGGAUGAGGAGGACGCUGAGCUGAAAGGACCUGUGGUGAGUGUGUGUGUGUGUGUGUGUGUGUGUGUGUGUGUGUGUGUGUGUGUGUGUGUGUGUGUGUAUUUACAACCUGUAAUAAUGCUGUCAUCACUAUUCAUGUAGAUCGACAGGCGCUGCUCCCGCUGUAACAAAGAGGGGAUGAUUUAUCACACCAGACAGAUGAGAUCGGCAGAUGAAGGACAGACGGUUUUCUUUACCUGUAUACACUGCAGGUAACACACACUAACAUACUAACACACAGGUACACUCUGAGUGUGUGUUUCAGCUGGUUUCAGAUCAUUUUCUGAUCAUUUCAAUGUUUUUAUUCCAGGUAUCAGGAGAAGGAAGACUCUUGAGGAAACAUCGGACUAUUAUCUCCCUUUUUUUACCUGAUUCACAUGUAUCUACAAAUCUGUUCAGUGAAUAAUGUAAAACAUGUCUGAACUCUGACCCAGCUCUGAUCUGAGAUCAGUAUUGUUGUUUUGGUCAGAGAUGAUCUGUCCCUGAGUUAGACUCAGCACACCGAUGAGUCCAGCGUCAGUUCAGCUGAUCUCCUCUCAGUCUUUGUCAGUUAUUUUCACUUGCUUUAUUUUAUUUUAAACUCACAUUUAAGUCUCUUAUGUCUGCUCUUGUUUUCUUCAGUUGUUUAUUUCUAACAGAACAUUAAACAGGAGCAUCAGUUUUAUCUGUAUCCAGCAGGGGGCGGUGCUGCUCUCUGGCUUUGUGAAGACCUAACUAUAUCAGAUAGAGAAUGGGACGCCCCAGGGGAGCAUGUGCAGCCCUACAUUGUUUAAUAUUAUGAUAAAUUAUAUUUUUGGGCAAAUUGAA